GUCGGGUAGUGCUCGACCAUCGCAACAUGAUCGCACGGAUCGGGCGCCGCGAUGGGAACCGCAGCGGCCACAAGUACUCGCAGCCGCGCCGGUAUCGCUCCUUUUCCGCCUCCCACGGGUCGUCCCCGCCCCAUCUCUGCAUGCUCUCGCCCGCUACACAAACACGAAUGCUCAAACGCUCCCUUCCCGCACGGGUCCUUCCGGCUGCGCCGGUCAAGCCUGCCCUGCUUAAAAAGGGCAAAGUUCGGGCUGACAAGGAAGCAGAGCGGAUCCUCCAGAGCCUCACAGACCUCAAGAAGGUCGGGUUCACAAGCAAAUGACGCCUGCUAAGCAGGCUGCCACGCUGCUGACGACUUUUCCGGCGGCAACGACCUGGUUAAGCAGGCGUCAUUUGCUUGUGAACCCGACCUUCUUGAGGUCUGUGAGGCUCUGGAGGAUCCGCUCUGCUUCCUUGUCAGCCCGAACUUUGCCCUUUUUAAGCAGGGCAGGCUUGACCGGCGCAGCCGGAAGGACCCGUGCGGGAAGGGAGCGUUUGAGCAUUCGUGUUUGUGUAGCGGGCGAGAGCAUGCAAACAGUCUACGACUUGACGAAAUUGAGCAAGUGUUUUGGACGGAGGCGCCGCGGCGGGUGAGACCGGGUUGGUUGUCCCCUUUGAAGCAGGAACCGCGACCUGAACGCUGCGGCAAAUAUCCGCCUCAUCACCGAAACGUCAAUGGGGGGGCUGUGCGCGUUCAGGGGUACACAGUGGACGUUCGGGACAGGCGUUGCAGAUGGGUGGGAGAGGACAGUUCGUGCGAGAUUUUGUGUGGCAGGCACGGUAAUGAUGGGGGCGCCUGAAAAGACAGAUGAGCCAGUGCGGACCGGAGGAGGGAGCGAUUGGACUUGCUGUACGCGCGACUGAAGAGGGAGGGUCGUGGGUACGGCGUGCCCCCGCUUGUCGGGCUGUCCGUUCAAUUGUAAUCCGCAUCCAUA